AGUCAAAUUCGAACAGUGAGUCUCUCUCAGUCAACGUUCUUCUUUGUCCUCAUAUUCACAACUCUGUUUUUAAUCCUUAAUAACACAAAACCCAUCUGAGAAAAGAAGCUCUCCGACGACCUAAAAAUGGAAACUUUCCGUUUAACCUUCCCUCUCCUUCUUCUACUCUCCCUCUCCUUCUUCCUCUCUCUCUCCGCCCAAAUGACCGGAGAUUUCAAAUGCAGCGGCAAAACCACCACGUGUCUCUCUCUCGUUGGUUACUCAAGCAAGAACGCAACCACGUUGCGCAAUAUCCAAACCCUUUUCGCCGUCAAGAAUCUCCGUUCGAUCCUCGGAGCUAACAAUCUCCCACUCGAUACCAAACGUGACCAGCGAGUGAACCCGAAUCAAGUCGUACGUAUCCCAAUCCAUUGCUCUUGCUCCAACGGAACAGGGGUAUCGAACAGGGACAUCGAAUACACAGUCAAGAAAGACGACACGCUCUCUCUAAUCGCAACUGAGAUUUAUGGAGGGCUUGUUACGUACCAGAAGAUCAGUGAGGUUAACAAAAUCGUCGACGUAGACAAAAUUGAAAUCGGUCAAAAGUUUUGGAUCCCUUUGCCUUGUAGCUGUGAUCAAUUGAAAGGUGAAGAUGUUGUUCACUUAGCACAUGUGGUUAAACUAGGGAGCUCUCUCCUUGAGAUCGCUGCUCAGUUCGGAACGGAUAACACGACUUUGGCUCAGAUCAAUGGAAUCUCCGGCGAUGCUCAGCUUCUUGCUGAUUAUCCUCUCAACGUUCCUCUCAAAGCUUGUACCUCUUCUGUGAGGAAGGACUCGUUGGAUGCUCCUCUGCUUCUGUCUAACAACUCAUACGCCUUCACUGCUAACAAUUGCGUCAAGUGUACUUGUGACGCUUCAAACAAUUGGACUUCAAGCUGUCAAGCAUCAUCUGAAAUUAAGCCUUUGAACUGGCCAACCUGCCCACCAUUUCCACAAUGUGAUGCAGCUUUGCUACGUGUCUCUUGCAGACGACCUCGUGCUUGCGUCUAUGCUGGUUACUCCAACCAAACCAUCUUCACCACAGCUUCCCCAGCUUGUCCAGAUUCUGCUGGUCCUGGUAACUAUGCAUCAACGUUCAGCUCAAGCUUCAAUAUCGUGAUGGUUUUGAUUCAGUGUGCUCUGCUUUGUCUUUGUCUUCUCUAGUAAUGAUUUGAUGUUAUGUUUAUGUGUGUGAAUCUAAGUACAGUUGAGAUUGAAAUAAAGACUGUUUCACUUGAAGCAUUUGUACCA